GGGGUUAAGCAACAUCGAAGUAAAUGCAGUGGAAUAAUCUUACUCCGAAGAAUUCCCCUUGCGUCACCUUAACUGCAAGCUUCAAUUCCUUCCUUCCAGUCCGCCAAUGGCCAUCUAUUGGCUUGUAACUAAGGAGGAUUUCUUUUGCGUGCACACGAAACAUCUUAAUUUUCUCAAGGAUCGCUUUACAUACCGGGUACAGUAAAUGCAAUCAGAGAAAUCCACAAUUCCAUAAUAUCCAUUGCCUGUUGGAUCCGUCUCAGUAUGCGCGAGAUCCACAUCAAAGGUCCAAUUCCAAUCUCGGUAGUUUUGCAGGUGACGGCCACUUGUCAAAGCCCCACUUUGCACCGCCAUUUCUACAUCGCGCGCCACGUUUAGUACCUAGGUACGUAUCUAGUAUCUUUAAGCUCGACGCGCGUUUGUGCAUUUUAAUUUAAAACAUCACGCGACAAGGCUGAAUAGGUUAGUAAUAUAUUCUUACCGACGUCACCGGCGGGAUACAAGGGGCAGUCGCGGAUCGAUCGAUGAUUUAAUAUGAUAAUGUGAAGUUUAGCCAGUUUCUAACAGAACCUCUGGAGAAAAAAAAAGAAAAAAAGAGAGGGAUCCCGCAUCAUACAUCCCAUCCCAAACACCGUUCAUUAUUCGUGAGCUGGAUGGUCUCACCCCGGCCUAACGAUGGCGACCAUCAAGGCUAUUGAAGCUCGGACUAUCCAUCAAAUUCAAUCUGGUCAGGUCAUCGUCGACCUAUGCUCCGUCGUGAAAGAAUUGGUGGAAAAUAGUCUGGAUGCCGGUGCCACAAACAUUGAGGUUCGCUUCAAAAACCAAGGUCUAGAUUCCAUAGAAGUUCAGGACAAUGGUUCGGGCAUAUCGAAACAGAAUUAUGAGACGAUAGCACUAAAGCACUAUACCUCUAAGUUAUCCACCUAUGCAGAUCUUUCUUCUCUUCAGACAUUUGGUUUUCGAGGAGAAGCAUUAUCAUCUCUUUGCGCCUUGUCAAGAUUUACCAUAACCACAUGCCUCGCAUCAGACGCACCAAAAGGGUCUAAGCUAGAAUUCGAAACUUCAGGAAAGCUUCGCAGCACUAGCGUCGUAGCAGCCCAGAAAGGUACAACAGUGGCAGUCGAGGGGCUCUUCCAUAAUCUGCCUGUCCGACGACGCGAACUGGAACGAAAUAUCAAAAGAGAAUGGAAUCGAGUCAUCGGUGUACUCAACCAAUACGCCUGUAUUCAGACUGGUCUCAAGUUUUCCGUGUCCCAGCAACCUAAUAAGGGCAAGCGGAUGGUAUUAUUUUCAACCAAAGGAAACCAGACGACCCGAGAAAACAUUGUCAACGUAUUCGGCGCCAAAACUCUCGCCGUCCUUAUCCCCUUAGACCUAAAGCUCGAGCUAGAGCCUACCACCACACCUGGACAAAAAUGGACUGGGCAAGCCGACAAUAAUGUUCAAGAAAUCCAUAUCAGAGGACAUGUAUCCCGCCCUGCUCAUGGAGAAGGCCGUCAAACUCCCGAUAGGCAGAUGUUCUUCGUAAACGGCCGUCCUUGUGGCCUACCGCAGUUCGCCAAAGUAUUUAAUGAGGUCUACAAAUCGUAUAAUGCUUCUCAAUCUCCGUUCAUUUUCGCUGAUAUCCAACUGGACACCCAUCUAUAUGAUGUCAAUGUUAGUCCUGAUAAGCGGACAAUUCUCUUGCAUGAUCAAUCUCGGAUGCUCGAUAAUCUUAGAGAGUCUCUCGUCGCCUUGUUUGAAUCGCAAGACUACGCUUUACCCACAUCUCAAUUAUCAAACCCAAAGUCGACCCCUUUCAAGAAACCAUCAUUUAGUAGUCAAAGUACUGUCAAUUCUGAGCGACCGAAGCGCUCGACGCCCAUGGAAAAUGAGCAGAGUCAGCCUUCUGCCUCCGUAGACCCAGAUAACAGCACGAGAGACGACGAAGACGAAGGUGGUCAGUCUACUAGUGAAUCCCUCCCAGAUAGCUCGACAUCGUCGAAUACAUUGGCUCGCGACGGCCAGGGCAUUAAUUUAAUUAGCCGAUGGAUCGAAGGAAAAUCAGAUCUACGUACUGAUACUAUAUCAACAACGACUAAAGGUUCGAAUAACACGACGCUACAAACUUCCAAAUCGAAGGGCGAAAUGUUCUCCGAAUUCGCACGGAAAUAUACAGAAAAGGAUAGAGAAGACGAUUCAGAGGUUACUCGGGAUGAACCGCCGCCCCCCGCUCUACCAGUCGAAUCGUCCGGCGAAGAAAUAGAUUUCCGUGCGCGUUUGGCCGAAUUAAGCAAGCAGAAAGCGGACAAACGUAAUAGUAGCCCGCCGGUGGAUACCCGAGAGACAAUUGAACCACCUAUACCGUCCGUAACUACUUCAUCCCGCAUGUCAGAUAUGAAAACCACUAGGAGCUCAUCGUCGGCUUUAAAGCGUUCAACACCGGAAGUUGCUACUAUAACGGUAGGCGGCCACACUGUCACUAGCAUUAUUGGCUCUCCUUCGAAGAGACAACGAAUAGCAGACAAUAAAACGCAAGAGCCGCGGACGAGGCAACGAGCAGUGAAAGAGUCGAUCACGAUACCUACGUUUAGCGGUCGUUUGACCCAAAUGUUUGGAGCACAGUCGCAAUCAAAGAAGUCCGAAUUAGCAAAUAUCAGGGCUAACUUAAAGGCGAAAGAUGCCUCAGAUGAAUCUGAUGCUGCUAGCGAACAAUUGUUUGUAGGAGACGAUGACGACGACAGUAACAAUGAUGGUGAUGAUGUUGGCGACGAGGAGGGUAACGAGCAAGAUAAUAAGGACGAGGAAUUCGUACCUGACAAAAGGCCUACAGAAAGCGCUGCAGGGGAUGAUGCUUGUGAAAACCAAUCACCGGAACCUACUGAUGUAGAUGAUCAAAUGCAAGGCGAUGCGCCACAGUCCCCAACCCGGCCAGCUGGCGAAGAUAACCCAGAUAAUCAACUUGAAGAGGAGGCGUCGGAAGAAAUCAAGGAGGAUCCGACAAAAACCAUCUCCGAGGAGGCUGAGAAACGGACUCAAAGCUUUAUAAAAGGCGGUUCGAAAAAGAAAGAUUCAACCCUUUCAUUGUCACAGACCCUACGCACGAAUGAGAAGCAUAUACGAGAUGUUUUAGCGAUAUACCAGAACCAACUCAACGAUGCAUCCUUGGAAACCGGGUCCAAGCCUGUCACGGAUAAACUCGAUGCGGAUGACGCCGAAGAAAAGCUGUCUCUGACAAUCUCGAAAUCUGAUUUUGGAAAGAUGAAGAUUAUAGGGCAGUUUAACCUUGGCUUUAUCAUAGCAGUUCGCCCAGCCAAGGCAGAUACUGAUGGCACUCCGGACAAAGUUGAUAGAGAUGAUGAGCUUUUUAUCAUCGACCAACACGCUACGGAUGAGAAGUAUAACUUUGAACGGCUACAAGCUAAUACAGUUGUGCAAUCUCAGAGACUCGUUCAGCCCAAGACGCUAGAACUUACAGCUCUUGAGGAAGAGGUGAUAAGGGAAAACCUUGAAGCGCUAGAGGCGAAUGGGUUUAUUGUCAACAUGGACGAGAGCGGCGACGAGCCGGUGGGGUCCCGGUGCCAAUUACUCAGUCUACCAUUAAGUCGAGAGACAACUUUCUCGUUGACGGAUCUCGAGGAACUGAUUUCAAUCCUAACGGACCACCAAUCGGAAUCCAAAUCGCGAAGUGCAAUCCCCCGGCCGUCCAAGGUCCGCAAUAUGUUCGCUAUACGCGCAUGCCGAAGUAGUGUCAUGAUUGGGAAGCCUUUGACAACGAAGCAGAUGGAAAAGCUCGUCCGUCAUAUGGGUGAGCUGGAUAAACCGUGGAAUUGCCCCCAUGGUCGCCCGACUAUGCGCCAUCUAUGUGGUCUAGGCGCGUGGGAAGAGAGUGGGUGGAGAGAAGGCGAUGGAUUUGGAGGGGAGAGGGAGAUGACAGAUUGGGGGAAGUUUGUUAAGGAGAGAGGUGGUAUGGAAUGAUGCGUGCAAAUGUGCGUGUUUCUAGCCGGCGACCCGGACGCAACAGAAAUUUGACCGUGUUAUGUACAUUAUUCGGCAUGUGGUGAUCGGGCCUGUUAUUGAUCCUCAUGGAUAUGAAUACCCUUUAUUUAGACUGGACAUCUUAAGUAGAGUUUACGAAGCCUUCGUGGGCAAAUAAUGAGAAAAAUUAAAUAA